UUUUUUUUUUUUUUCUUCAUUUCGUGCAUAUUUCAUAUAAAUGUAACUCUAUUGCCUUUCUUACUUUACUCAUUAGAAUAACUUUGGGUAAACACCACACAAGCAUACUAUCAAAAAAACGAAUAAACAAGUAAACUCAUCUUUCUAUCUUUUUACCACCCACCAUCCAAAGUCAAGAUGAGUUUGCACCCCAUAGAAGACCUCAGGCAUCCACACGACCCUAUCACCAUGACUAUGAAUCGCAUGAAAUGACUUCAAUACCAAUGAAUCCUAGGGAGGAGGAGGAGGAGGAGGACUUUUAUGGAAGAAGAAGAAAUAAUAGGACAGCAGGUCCAGCAACCGUCGUUCCCAUGGAAGAGGACGGACCACCCCCUCUAUCGACGACAGCAGGCUUUUUUGAUCAAAUUGACAGGAUAAAAAUCGGUUUAAAUUCUAUCAAUACAAACGUCGAUCACAUUGGCAAUCUCCAUAAUGCUGCAUUAGAAACGUUCAAUGAACAACAAUCAAGGCAACUGGCCAACGAUUUAGAGAGUAUGAAACAAGAGACGCAAAGCAUCAAUAAUGACAUUAAACAAAGUAUACGGCAAUUGGAGGCUUUCAACAGUCAAUUACCGAAUGACUCAGAGACACAGAUGCGUCGAUCACAGACUGCAGCGAUAAAAAAGAGAUUUUUGGAUACCAUCCAACGUUAUCAAGACGUAGAGAGAAAUUAUCAAUUAAAAUAUCGCCAACGUAUCGAGAGACAGAUAAGGAUCGUCAAACCCGAGGCCACCGAAGAUGAAAUUGACGAUAUCAUAGAUGCAGACGACACGCCACAGAUUUUUGCCCAGUCGUUAGUCUCGGCGAGUCGCCAAGGCCAAUCCAAGGCCGUUCUGUCUGAAGUCCAAAAGAGGCAUGACGAUAUUCGACACAUUGAAAAGACCAUCGUUGAACUACAUCAAUUGUUUAUGGACAUGCAAAUGAUGGUAGAACAACAAGGAGAAGUUUUAAAUACGGCAGAGCAACAUGCAGAUGAAACAGUCAUGAACGUCAAAGAAGGAAACACAAAUUUAUCCAAAGCCAUUCUGUUGGCAAAAUCAACCCGUGCAAAAAAAUGGUGCUGCUUCUUUAUUUGCAUAGCAAUUUGUGUCAUGAUCGCUAUUCUUGUUUGGUGGUUCGGUUUUGGUCAUCCUGUAAGUUUGUUUUUUGAUCAUCCAUGGUGUGUGGCUUCUACUGCGAAGCUUACUGACUUUAUUGUUCUGUUGUCAUAGGGUGUUGGUGGUGGUAGUGGUGGUGGUAAUCACAAUAGUAAUAACAAUAACAACAACAAUAACGAUAAUAGCAAUGCCUAUACCCCUCUUACUUCUCCUUCCGCACAACCUGUCUCAGUGUUGCCUUCUCCUACACAAGCAGACCAAGUACUUUCUUCGCCUACAGAAGCAGCCCACGUAUUUCCUUCUCCUUCAGAAGCAGCCGAAUUAUUGCCUUCUGAUACACCAGAAGCCUCAAUAGAAGAAGUUGACUAACAUAUUCGCAUACCUUUUAACUCUUAAUAAUACAUGCUUACAUACAUUAUAUAAUCUAUCUAUUAAAUAAAAAAUAAAAAAAAAAAAAAGGACUCCCUCUCCCCUCUCACGGAGGGGCCAUGAAUGUAGUUGCUUUGGCAAAACAAACAUUGGAUGGGCCUUGUACACGGUGGAUGCAUUUCUAAAUCAAAAAACUACAGGUUUAUUUUUUUUAUUUUUAUUUUUUAUUUUUUUUUUU